AUGGUGGACGUGCUGAGCGGGCGGCGCCUGGUGACCCGCGAGGGCGCGGUGGUGGAGGCGGAGGCGGCGCUGCAGAACAAGGUGGUAGCUCUGUACUUUGCCGCCGGCCGGUGCUCGCCCAGCCGCGACUUCACGCCGCUGCUCUGCGACUUCUACACGGCGCUGGUGAGCGAGGCGCGGCGGCCCGCGCCCUUUGAGGUGGUGUUCGUGUCGGCGGACGGCAGCGCGGAGGAAAUGCUGGACUUCAUGCGGGAGCUUCACGGCGCCUGGCUGGCACUGCCUUUCCACGACCCUUACAGGCAUGAACUGAAGAAGAGGUACGACAUCACAGCCAUCCCCAGGCUCGUGGUCAUCAAGCAGAAUGGAGCCGUCAUCACCAAGAAAGGGCGGAAGCAGAUCCGGGAGCGCGGGCUGGCUUGCUUUCAGAACUGGGUGGAAGCAGCCGAUGUUUUCCAGAACUUCUUGGGGUGAAUCUGGAGGGACCAUGGCAGGUGCUUGCUGCAAGUGCAGGGCAGAUGCCUUCCAAGAGGGAGUUACCGGUUUUCUUCUCCAUUGAUGGAUUUCGUAGUAGAGGCACUAGAGCAGGUCAGAGGACAGACACUGCCCAGGAAAGAACUACACCCUCCCUCCAUGGGUCCUAGAGUUCCUUUGGAGUGCACUUUUGUUUCUUAUAGCUUUCUCCACCGGUGCCUAGGCUCCAGGACACAUCAACAGUGUGCUAUCAGAGAUCUAUGCAAGAUGCUCAUUCCUGCAGGCUUCUUCGAUAAAUUGAUCUAUGAAGUGAUGCAUUUUCUGAUGACCUAUCACAUUUUAGAGAUGCUUUGGUAAGCAUAUUUAUUAAUCAAGUUUGUAGACUGUGUAGUUUAAUAAACCAACAUUCAUACCUUGA